AUGACUGAUCAAGAAGGGACAAAAGGAAAGGGCGUUCGAGGGAAAGGAAAGUUGUUAUUCCUAGAAGAUGUCGAAGAGGGACAGAAGCUACCAGUGGAAAACUUCACGAGUCAGCCUUCUGGGGAGCACCGAUCAGAUCUAGCUCAUUAUAUCGGCCGUCUAGCUAGAGAUGGUUACAUGCUGCCAUUGUCCGUAUCCAAUUGGAAGUAUAUGACGCCUAAUCGGAUUCAGAAAGCUUUGGAUGAUAUAAAGGUGAAGUUCGUUGCCCUUCAAAUUAUUUGGAGUAGGCUUAAUCAUUAUUGGAGGGAUCACAAACAUACAAUGAAAUCAGCAGGGUAUGAUCCGAACAGAAGUGAGGCGCAAAAUCUUGCACACCGACCUGCAGAUGUUGUGGAAAGUCAGUGGGCGCCGUUAGUUAAAAUGUGGAAUACCCAGAAAAAUAAAGAGUUGGCGGCUAAGAAUAAACAAAAUAGGUCCAAACAAACAAUUCAACACACUGGUGGCUCCAAGCCACAUAUGGAAUAUGCAAAAGAGAUGCUAGCCAAAACAGGAAGGUUCCCUGAACGACACGAGAUAUUUCGUAGGACCAGGACAAAGAAAAGGAAAACAUCAGAUCCAAAUGAAGAAGUGAUGGAUCCUGUUGCUGCUGAACAAUACGUAUACCUUUAUACUUUUAAGUUUUCUUUCGGGUCAUCUGUUUUUUGCAUUUGUAAUUCGAAUUGGCCUAACUUUCGAGAUUGA